GCUCCUCUUUUUCUCCCUUGUCCCCCCAGGAAGUCAGUCGCAGAGCAGUGUCAUUAUAUACCCAACAGGGGGGUUGCAGGUUUACUCUAGAAGGAGAAAAGCUUAUAGUAUAUGCCAGAAAGGAAUCACAAGAGAUGGCAUCGUACCAUGCGAAGGUCAAGGUAAAGUUAAUCCGGAGAAGGAUUUAAAAGGGGGAGGGGAGGAGAAAGGCAAGGGGUUGUGACCGUCAAGCCCAGAAAGCUAACUUUCAGGUAGUGAGUGAUCAAGACAUAGAUAGAUAUAUAGAGAGAGCUGAGACGGAGAGUUGAUGGAGAAUCAAAUAGAAGUUCCAUACCACAUGGUUCAUGGCUACGGAGGAGGUGAAGGAUGCUUCUUCUCAGGAGGAGAUGCAAGUGCUGCUGAUGCUGUUAACCCUGCCCUACCAUGGUGUCUUACUUCGAUUCAUUCUAUCAGCCCAGCUCACCCUCAGUUCGCUGAAACCAGUUCUGGGCAAGAUCAGCAGCUAUUCAUGUACCCUGCACUCCCUCCCUUUGCUCCUCCCCUCUACGGGGAUUUGUACGAUAACAAGACCUUGACAGGCUUGCAAUUUCCUUAUGAUGGAGCGGUAGAUUCGCCAGCAGGAUCAACGGAAGCUGGUAGCGGUGUGGGCUUGAAUAGAUUUCUGCGAGCACAAGGUUCGGCUUCUUCCUCUCUCUUUGGGACCAUUCAUGCAGAGUUUGGGAGGUUGACUGCCCAGGAAAUCAUGGAUGCCAAGGCCUUAGCUGCGUCCAAGAGCCACAGCGAGGCCGAGCGCAGGCGCCGCGAGCGCAUCAAUGGCCAUCUUGCCAAGUUGCGGAGCAUGCUCCCAAACACCACCAAGACGGAUAAGGCAUCAUUGCUGGCGGAGGUCAUCCAGCAUGUGAAGGAGCUGAAGCGGCAGACGACGGAGAUCACCGAAGAAAGCCCGCUGCCUACCGAAGUCGACGAACUCACCGUCGACUCCACAUGCGACGAAGAUGGCAAGUUCAUCGUCAGAGCAUCGUUGUGUUGCGAAGACCGACCCGACCUGCUUCCGGACCUCAUCAAUGCCCUCAAAGCGCUGCGGCUUCGCGUCCUCAAGGCGGAGAUCACCACGGUCGGCGGCCGCGUAAAGAACGUCCUUGCCAUCUCCGAGGAACAAAACUCGGGCGAUGACGACCAUCAGCGGUUGGUAACAGCCAUUCAGGAAGCCCUAAAGGCCGUCGUGGAGCAGACGGCGAAGCACGAUCCCUCAGCUGGUGGAACGAAACGACAGCGGACGGCCAGUUUCCCUACCAUAAUCGAACACAGCUCCAUUUAACUCGAGCUUAAGGCAUGCACCUACGUCGUAGAAGUUUAAGGCUCGUACUUGGUGUUAAGGGUUUGCUUGUGUUAUGGGAUUCGCCCUCACAGGACGCGAGUACGGGUGAAAGCCGUGCUCGAUAAGGUUUGGAUGUAUAAUAAAGGGUAUGAUCUAUGCUGUGCCUCCCAAGAGUUGCAGGUGAUCUUGCUUUGAUAUCUACGUGUGGAUUCCUGCUAUAUAUAUGCUGCAUGAGGAAGAAUCUUCCAUAGAUGAGUUGGGUUCGACAACAGCUGUUGCAAUGUAGUGGAAACUAAGGUUUGGAUUAAUUUUACAUCUUCGGAUAAUGUUUCAUUCCAAAUGAUACAAAAAUUUGUGCCAU